AAAAUACAAAAACCCGCACCGCUUUUAUUGUCGUUCUGCCGGUUUAGUUCAGCUUUCAACAUUCGCGCGUGUUUCUUACCUUUGACGCGUUAAGUCGUCGUUUGACUGUCGAUUGUGAAGGUUGUACUCGAUGUAUUUAGGAUAAAUAAUUUAAAAAAUGGGUACAUCUAAUACACAAACGGAAAAUGGUCAUAAGCAUAACAAUGAAGAAGCUAAUCCCGGAGGGACAUCUAUCGAAGCGUUUUUUGCAGCAUCAGUUAUUCUUAUCACCGGAGCCACUGGAUUUCUCGGGAAAGCUUUGCUCGAAAAAUUACUCCGUUCAUGUCCAAGGAUAUCGACAAUCUACAUUUUGAUUCGGCCAAAAAAAGAUCUCACUAUGGAAGAAAGGUUCCAAGCCCUUUUAGACAGCACUGUGUUUGACAGAAUAAGACGGGAAUGUCCAAGUGCAUUUAGUAAAAUAAUUCCGGUAAUGGGUGACGUAAGUCAACCGGACCUUGGUCUAAGUGAGCAAGACCGUUUAAUGUUAACACAAAAAGUAAACAUCGUUUUUCAUGGUGCUGCUACCGUAAAGUUCAAUGAACCAUUAAAAGUAGCUAUGAAUUUAAAUACACGCGGUACUGAACGUGUUAUCGAACUCUGCACUGGCAUGAUAAAUCUCAUAAGUUUUAUUCAUGUUAGUACUGCUUACAGUAAUCCUGAACAGGCUGAAGUUGAUGAAAUUAUUUACAAUACAAAAAUAAUGCCGGAUAUAGCAAUCGACAUGUGUGAAAAUUUGGACGACGAAACGUUGAGUAUUUUGGAGGAAAAUCUAAAAGGUAGACACCCCAACACGUACACGCUGACUAAAAGAUUAGCCGAGCUGAUUAUUUUGAAAAGGGGAACAAGUUUACCUAUUGCUAUUGUGCGUCCCAGCAUUGUUUGUGCAGCUUAUCAGGAGCCAUAUCCAGGAUGGAUCGAUAACACCAGCGGACUUACAGGAUUGAUCGUCCAAAUAAGUCGCGGCACACUAAAAAGUGUUUAUUGUAAAAAAAAUUUGAAAGUUGACAUCAUACCCGUGGACUAUGUCGUCGACACUCUAAUUUGUGCAGCCUGGCACAACGUCAUGAGAAGAACGAAUACCAUCAAAAUUUACAAUUGCGUUAGUGGUGCUUUCAACCCUAUCACCUGGGGAAAAUUUGGUGAAUACCUCAAUAAAUAUGCCGUUGAAUCUCCCACAAAAUUAGCCGUCUGGUAUCCAGGUUUUAAUUAUACGCCUAGUUUAUUGUUUCAUAAAAUUUCUACGAUAUUAUUCCAUCAUGUUCCAGCAUUUAUUAUUGAUAUUGUAUUAAAAUUCCGCGGAGAAAAACCAAUAAUGUUGAAGUUAUCGAAACGUUUCGCUCGUAUUGCGUCGACGGGUUACUAUUUUGCAACCAAUGAAUGGAAAUUUUUGAGCAACAACAUCAAUCAAUUAUCGGAGUGCGUCAAAUCUGUAACUGACGCUCACAAUUUUAACGUCGAUAUUAAAACACUUGACUGGAGUACUUAUGUACAUGGAUAUAUAUUAGGAAUAAGAAAGUAUAUACUUAAAGAUGGUCCAGAAACAUUAAAACAAGCACGCGAUCGAUUGUCCAAACUUUAUUGGUUCCAAAGAAGUAUGCAGGCGCUAAUGGCAUUAAUUUUUAUAAAGAUAAUUCUUCGGUGAUCUUUAAUUAAAUUUUUAAUACCAACGGAGAAAAAAAGUAUUCUAAAACGAAUAUUUGUGUAAAUAUAAGAAGAUAAAAAAUUUUUUGGGUCUUUACAUGGUUAAAAAUAAUAUUAAGUAUUACGUAAGCAUUUAAAUAAAUAUAAAUUCAUCUACAAUCGUUAUAUAUUAAAUAUAUAUUUUUAAGAAAUAAUUAUUAAAUUUUAAUUAUUGUUAUCAUACUAAC